AUGUCUGAUGCUACAUUUGCAUUCACUACCCAACUCUACAGGAAUGAAGCAAAGGCUUUACAAACACAGCUCCAGUUUAAUAGAAAUGUUCCUGCAGUUGCAGAGAACUUGGCUCUCAGAUUCUCGAACCCUCGUCCAAUUAUAAUAGAAAAACUGAAGGCAUCCAAUGAUCAGAGAAAUCUAGCUGGAAGUCAGGACCCCGAUAUAAGAAGCUCUGGCAUGUUUUCAGUGGUAUCUGAAGAGAGACUAAAAUUGGCUAUUCAGCUAGCCAAAAGGGACAUAAAACGAAGACAUCUUGAGGAGCAAGUGAAACAGCAAGUGUUCAGAGAUGCUGUCAAUAAACCAUUGUCGGCCCAGAAGUCGCAGCAGCAGAAGACUGAAAUAUUUGAAAAUCCAGAAAAUAAAAAUGCACUGAAGUCUCAAACUCACUUGAAAUAUCAGCAGAAACUUGGUCAGCCUUCCAAAGUGGAGACUGCCACCUCUGGCGCUAAAGUUUAUCUCUACACACCAAAUGAGGGAAAGCUAAUACCAGCUGUUUUGGACUCUCCACCUGCCUAUGACACAGGACCAGACCCCAAGGCAAAUGUAAACAAAAAACAAGAUAGAAAUAUGCAGGAAGUCCAACGGCUGCAAAAGGAAUUCAGGAGCUAUGUCCAGAAAAUUGAAGAACUGACUAAAAAAGGGAGACACAGAGAAAUUUUAGAUCCUGAUGAAGAGCAACGAAUUUGCACUAGGAGACAGGAACAAGCUGCACGGUCAGCUCGGAUGCUGUAUGUGCUCCAGCAACAGGUGAAAGAAAUUCAGGAUGAUUUGCAGAAACUGAGUCCUCAUAAAAUCAAACAUACUAAAAAGUCUCGAGCAGUAUCCAGAUUGGCAGCAGCACACAGAGGAGCUGUACGAGCCUUGCAGGCAUUUGCCAAUCAGUUUACAGAUCAAACAGAGCAGCAGAUUCCUACCCACUACAAGGAACUGGGAAAUCUCAUUCGACAACUGUCUCUCUGUUCUGCCAAACUAGAAAUGGAUUCUUCCAUCUCUGACAUUAUCAUAGAUAUUUUGCUGCAAGUUGAGGAUCUGGAUUCAUUGCUGGAAAAGAAACAAACUCCCAAAAAAGUGAAGAAAUGUAUUUCAUCAUCUCAGGGCAAAUCUCCAAGGAAGACUGAGACAUUUCCAGCCAGAAAGCAGCUUACAUCUCCAAAAGGAGAAAAUAAACCUCUCAUCUUAAAGGGACAGCAUGGACAAGAACCUAAAAAACCUCCAACUGCCAGGAGUCUCUUGACUGCAGUUCAGAAAACAAACAGUUGUGCUCAUAUAUUGCACAAUAAAUUCCAAGAAGAAAAUGACCUACUUACUCCAGAGAGAAAUGCCACUUUACAAAGAAGCAUAGAUGCAUUGGUGAGAGGUAGAGCUGUAAAAAAAGAUCGCAUCCUUGAAAAUGGCCCUUUGAAGAAGAAAGGCAUGUUAUUACCUGCAAAAUCAGAGGGAAUGCCAAAAUCUCUAAAAUCAAGACAGGUACAGCCACAAGGAAAGCAUGCUCGAUUUCAAGAGGCAACUAUAGCUUUCCAGCUAAAAGAGAACAAACGACUUGUGAAGGAGAGCAGAAUACCCUGUGUGCCUCCAAACCCUACAUCUCCACCUGUUUCACCUAAUCGACUAGCAUGUCUUGAAGCAGAAGCUUCAAGAAGAGUGAAGGUACUAACUGACCUGAGCAGAGGAGAAAUGAAAAAAAUACAAAAGUUAAGGUCACACAGUGCUUCUCCAACCCAGAAUACAGACAAAGUUGAGAAGGCAGUACCGGAGUGCUUAAAACCUCUAUUAGAUAGGACACAGGAGGUUGCAGCAAAUGCAGAUGUUCUGAGUGAAAAGCUAUUGGAUGAUCUUCUGGAAGGCACUGAUCAGGAACUGUGGAGUAUGGAGCAGCAUGAGAGACUCCAGACCGAGGCUCUGCCUAUGGCUGACAUUCAUGGUCUGGAGUCAAUGUUGCAAAGAAUGGAAGAAAUUGAAAGAUACCAGGAGGUUGUACGCAGGAGAUUCACCCAGAUAGUGUACAGUGAUUCAGAGUUCUGGGCCCAGGAAGACAAAACCAAACAACAAAUUACAUCAAUACCUAAAAGACCUACAUCUCCUCAUCCAAUUCAGAUAACCAAAUUAAUCGGACGCACAGAGCCAGAAAUGGACAUUUUAUUUGAAAAACUUUUUGAUGGCAAUGAUAUUGAUGAAAACAAAGAAGCGGAGGAGAAAUUGCAGACUGGAAAUGACAUUCUGCAACCCUUAACGAAUUCUCUACAGAAAGAGUGCUGUGUGUCUCUCUCUGUGCCAAAGCAUAUGCUCCAGAGCAUCUUGGAUUAUAACAGCAGAUACGAGCAUCACUUAAAGCUUAUUUCCCAUGAGGCGGUAGGCAGUUUCAAUCCAUGGCAGAUUGCUCAGAGUCUUGCAGAGCAACUAACCGAAGAAGCCCUAUGUGAUGUGGCAGCAGAGCUGCAGGAUGUCUGUGAAGAUUAUGCAGAAGCUGUGUUCACAUCAGAGUUUUUGCAGCCAGCGCAGUAA